AUGUGUUCAGGAAUCAAAGUGAAAGAUGAUCCAACGAUUGGUAGCAAAAUGGAAGGGGAUAUUGCUAUAGAAAAUCUGAAAAAAUUCAUCGAUGAUAACAACAAGCUUGGCAGAAACGCCAUACGACAGGCAUACAGAAAAUGGCCAAACCGAGAGAUUCCCUAUACGCUGUCAUCACAGUACGGCUCGUAUGCAAGAUCGGUGAUUGCUAAAGCAAUGCAGGAAUAUCAUGACAAAACAUGCGUACGUUUUGUCCCCCGCGAUCCAGCACGGCACGUCGACUACAUUUUUAUCCAUCCCGAUGAUGGGUGUUACAGUCUCGUUGGAAAGACAGGUGGUAGACAACCAGUUUCACUAGACUCUGGUUGCAUACAGGUAGGAACUAUCGUGCACGAACUUAUGCAUACUGUUGGCUUCUUCCAUGAACAAAGCAGAAAGGAUCGUGAUGAUUACAUUGAGAUCGUAUGGCGCAAUGUGCAGAAUGGAGCAGAUGAUCAAUUCGAGAAGUACAAUUUCAAUGUGAUUGAUCAUCUUAACGAACAAUACGACUAUUCAUCAAUUAUGCAUUACGGACCGUACGCAUUUAGUGGUUCCGGACGAAAAACCAUUCUGCCGCGAAAAGUGAGAGUACCAGGAUUAUCGUAA